AUGUUAUACGGCACCGGCAGCGACAAAAACGUUGCGCUUCGUCUCGAAGGCCUGAAUUUGACCCCCGUCGACGAUGGCGAGAUCCUCCAGGCUGACCAGGAGCCGCACGCAGCCGCCCGUCUCGAGUGGCUGCCCGACUUUGACAUGGUCAACCACGGGACGCUGUUCACACCGCCGCGGUCCAUCCCCGCCGAAACCAGACUGCAGGAAGAUAUGACCCUGCUCUGUAUAAUGGAGACGCUCCAGAGGGUUCAGGGGCUCGAGCCGUGCAAUUGGCACUUUGAAAAGUUCCGCAACUGGCUCGCCCUCGAGGUGCAGCGCGCUCGCGACGGCACAUACCCGUUGCUGCCGCCCGAUGAGGCCAAGGCGUAUUUAGAUUUGGAUUCGCCCACUCGACACGCCAUGAUCGAAGAGCGUCAUAACCGCCUUCUUACAAUGUUCAAAGGUGCCGUAACCACGGGUAUUAAACGCAUCUACGACAGCUGCGAGGACAUUUUCACUGGGAGCAAAGAUACGCUCGACACCCUGAUGCAAGGGGGCGUUUUAACCAGAAUAUAUGACGCUGCCUCCGCAUACUCGAGCGGUACGACCGAGAUGAUUCUCCGCAACCUGGUGCGGCCAGCUGGGGGUCUCCCUGCUUAUAGCGUCUACACGUUUAGUGACAUCUCGGCCGGCUUCUUCCCCCAGGCCAGGGACCGCUUCUCCUACCCGCCCAACAUGGAGUACCGCGUUUUUGAUAUCUCCAAGGACCCGUUGGGCCAAGGGUUCCAACCCGAAACGUACGACGUCAUCCUCGCGCCUAAAGUCAUCCACGCCACGCUGUCCCUCGCCCAAACCCUCGCUAACCUCCACUCGCUGCUGCGGCCUGGAGGAAUGCUGGUACUCACGGAGCUCUGCGCCGUCGUCCGCACGCCAAACUACAUUUUUGGCAACUUCUCGGGAUGGUGGAUCAAGGGGCCAGGUCACUCGUCGUCCUCUCCCGGAGCGCGGGACUGA